AUGCCCUCGAAAAUUCAACUUGAUGAAAAUCUGGUGUUUUUGUAUAUUUGUCUUCAGAAGUCAGAUAUGAAGACUAUUGAUUUCGCAGCCGUAGGCCAAACGACUAAUCUCAAAUCUCCCGCCGCACGUAUGCGUUACACGAGACUCAAACGCCAGAUUGAAAAGGGGGUUAUUGGAGCGAAUGCGAAUAUUAAUCUUGGGGGUGGGAGUGAUGAGAGAGGAGGGAAUGGAGAGGAGAAAGAAAGGAGAAAGGCGAAAAGAGAGAAGAAGAUGAGAGAGAAGAAAGAAAAAGAGGAGAGAAAGGAGAGAGAGGGUGUGGAAAAGAAGGAGAAAGUGGAAGCUAAAGAGUGGAAUGGGGUGGAAGGCAGAAUGGGGAUGGGGAUCGAAAUGAAAUUGCAUGGUGGAGUGGAGAAAAAAGAAGGAAAGAGAAAGAGGGAAAUUGAAGAUAACACUGAAUCGGACGCAGACGCGAUCUCGGAACCAGAUUUCCAGCUCCAUGGAUGGAACGAUUCUACACUCAACAAUGCAACAUCUCCAUUCCCUCCAAAUCCUCCCCCCUCCACCCAACUUUCCACGCACCCCCAAACCGAGCAUCUUUCUCACCCAUACAUCCACAAUUAUCCCGCGGCUUCAGCUCCCCAAACUAACAUCUCGCAAAGCGAUCUUUUAGAAUCACAACCCAUCUCUCAAACUCUCCUCGACCAACUCCCUCUCCAAACAUCCUCUGCUCACCCCCUCGACCCCCAAAUAAAACUCGAACCCUACUCCCCCUUCUCCUCAUUCUCCUCCUAUUCCACCGAGCGUAGCCUCUCGAAUUUCCACGAGCACACCACCACCGCCGACGAAGAAGACGCCGAUUCCGAAGACGAGAUGCCGCUAGCCAAACGUCGAGGCAUGGGAAAACGACACACUCCUCCAUCUCAAUCUCAAUCUCCAAAUGGAGAUGGAAAUACAAAUCCAAGUAGAGAAAUAACAUCACAUAGACAUGCGUCGAAAACCGCAGGGGGAUACAGAGAUGCACAUUCUCAUUCUCAUUCAUGUUCUGAGAUGCGGGAUCCAUGUCGUAGUGGACGUGCAGAAGAAUACACAUAUACACGUCCUCCUCUGCGCGAUUCCCUACACGAAUCUGGUACUUCUUCUCAAUACGCAUACGCAUACGCAUACCCAAAUCCCUACACCGCACCCUACAAAUCCAUCUACGCCCCUCCAGCUUCCCCCCACGGAAAAUCCAAGUCCUCAAACACCACCCCCUCUCCCUCAUCUCCCUCUCCUCCAUCAAAAUUCACACCUCCCCAUCUACCUCCCCAUCCCCAACCCUACAACUGGGCCGAUACAUACCAAUCCUACCGGCAUCUGUGGGGCACCGAACGCAUCGCACGAGUCUCGCCUCCACUGCCGUCUCCGUCUGUAUCGAGUUGUUCAUCUUUACCUUUAUACCAUACUCAUAAUCAUGAUUACAACCAUAACAAUAUCGCUAACACGACUUUCGACUCUGAUUUUCCUCCACCUCACCCUAUCCAGUCACCUCGUCCCAAUACUCACUUAUCAUUGUCGCAGUGGUGA